GAGCCGGUUUUCCUUGGAGAAAUAUGACCAUUUCCGUCUUAAUAGCCGUCGUGCAUCACGACCUUCCGAUACCACAGCUUACUUGUACUGCAACUUCCACCAAGCCAUACACAACCUAAGAAUCCAAGAAAUAACGGGAGGAGUUACAAUUCUUCUUCGUAAACGUCGUGAGAACAUUAAUUUGUUAGACUUCUGCUUGUAUAUAAGAAAACGACAACGCAAUGUCGUUCCGUACAUAUACGGAUCACUCGAUGACGGACUCCUCGUUAGUAACGAGUGUUCGUAAGGCCACAAGUGUUGAUGAGACAGCACCUAAGAGAAAGCAUGUAAGAAGUUGUGUUAUUUUUACUUGGGAUCAUCAUACUGCAAAACCGUUUUGGACAGCUAUAAAAGUCCAGCCUAUCUUUUCCAAUGAAGUACAGACAUUCAAGGCACUGAUUACUAUUCACAGAGUUCUUCAGGAGGGUCACAAGUCAGCUCUUCGUGAUUCAGUGAACGAGGCCAGCUGGCUGAAAGCCUGUGCGCGUCAAUUUACUGAUGAUGGAGCCAAACAUUAUGGAAGAUUAAUUCGAGACUACGUAAGUUAUUUGCUUGACAAACUUGCUUUCCAUAAGCAGUACCCAGAGUUUAACGGCACGUUUGAAUACAAAGAAUACAUUAGUCUUCGACGUGUGGAUGAUCCAAACGAAGGUUACGAAACCAUUUAUGACAUGAUGAACCUCCAGGACCAUAUUGAUGAAUUUCAGAAACAAAUUUUCAGUACCUUUGUCCGUGCCAAAAAGAAUGAGUGCCGAAUGGCCGCCCUUGUGCCUUUAGUGCACGAAUCCUAUGGUAUUUAUCGCUUCUUGACCAGCAUGCUGCGUGCCUUGUACAAAAAUGUCGACGACGCAUCUACUAUUGAACCACUGAAACAACGAUAUAAGGCCCAGCAUCAUCGUCUGCGUCAGUUUUACUUUGACUGUUCGAACCUGCGUUACCUUACUAGCCUUAUUUCCAUUCCCCGUCUUCCUCAUGACCCUCCAGAUUUGGAGGGCGACGACAAUGCACCUGACCUUCCCAAGCGCCCAGAAUCCAUCGCUCCACAAAAAACGGGCUCGUCAACGAUUGCUCCUGUUCCUACGGGCGGAUCGAGCUUCCCCUUCCCGACAGACCUCCAGGCGCAAAACACGCCCGCCAGUCAAUAUGCCGCUCCGGAACCCAUUCAAGAGUUUUGGGCCGACCCAUCAUUGGGCCAAGAAUUGGCCAUGCAACAACAACAGCAGCAGCAACAGCUUGCCGCUCAGCAAGCCGCGGAAGCUGAACGCCAACGGCUGGAAACGAUUCAGCAGCAACAACAGCAAUUGGCUGCUCAACAGGCUGCCGAUAUGGAACGUCAACGUAUUGAAGCAGAGAGACAGGCCCAAGAAUUUGAAGCCAUGCAACGCAUGCAAGCUGAGGCUCAACGUCAAGCACAAGAAGCUUAUGCUCGUGAGCAAGAGAAAAUGCAAAACCAGGGCCAGUUAGCAAUAAUGCAGCAACAACUUAUGGCAACACAAGGACAAGUAGAGCAAGACCAAAUGAUGCUUCAGCAAUACGACGCUCGUGUUAAAAGUUUGGAGAACGAAUUACGCCAGUUGACAAUCAGUUCUCAAGCACAAACGAACAGCAAAGACGAUGCGAUUGAAAACCUUCGUGAACAAAUUGAUACAUGGAAGAAUAAGUAUGAAGCUUUGGCUAAGCUGUAUACUCAGCUUCGUCAAGAACAUCUGGAUUUGCUUUCCAAAUACAAGCAACUGCAGUUGAAGGCUAGCUCCGCCCAGGAAGCCACGGAGAAGCGGGAGCGCCUGGAAAGGGAGAUGAAGAACAAGAACUUGGAGCUGGCCGACAUGAUUAUGGAGCGUGACCGUGCUCGUCACGAACUUGACAACCUUCGUCGUUUACAACAAGGUAAGACGGAAUCGGCUGAACGCGAUUUGCGUCUUCUUCAACAAAAGGCAGAGGCUCUGGAGCGAGACAAGGCUUCCGAACUUUCUUCACUUAUCGGUCGCUAUACAAAGGAAGUUGGCGAACUCGAAAACAGUCUUCGUGCGAAGGAUGCUCAGAUUGCCGAUCUUGGACACCGUCUGGAAGAAACGGAAAGACACUUCCAGCACCUUAUUCAGUCCAAGGAUGAAGAAUUGGAAAUACAAAAGGCAGCUGUUGAUGAAUCUUUAAUGCAAUUGGGCGAGAUGCAAACAACUCAGCUCGAUGUUGACAAGGCAAUGGAUAGUCAGAUUGAUAGCUUGUUAAGAGCUCAACUUCAAAAACUUGAUGAGAUUAUUGACUCAGUUCUUCGCACGGGUAUUAAGCGGUUGGACAAUUGUGUUUACGAACUUGAUUCUCCUAUGCAGGCAGGUAAUCAAAACGCAACUGCCGAGUUCUUGUUAACAACAAUUGAAAACACCAGUAACGUUGCUACAGAAUUUUCUACCGCUUUCAACAACUUCUUUGCCGAUGGUCCUAAUGCUGAUCACUCCGAGGUUAUUAACAGCGUUAAUGCUUUCUCAGGUGCGGUCGCCGAGGUGUGUAACAACACAAAAGGUAUCUCGCGCCUGGCUUCUAAUGAUAAUGAAGUCGACAAGACUGUUUCGUGUGCUCGCAUAGUUGCGAAUAAUGCCAAAAAGUUUUUGACAGAUCUGGUUUCUCGCAAUGUGCAUCAAUUGUCCUCAGACCAGAAAAUGGAUCUCGUCAUUGCGAAUAAUGUUAAUUUUCAACAAAACUUACAAACCCUUAGUCAAGUUGCUGAAACAUAUGCUGCCCAGAGCAAGACAGUUGGCGUGGUACAAGCAAAUGGCAAUGUGGAGGAACUGGUUGACCAGCAACUUCGUGAUACGGCAAAGGCUAUCCAGAAUGCCAUUGAAAAGCUAAAUGCUCUUCUUGCUCAACCAAAGAACAUGAACCUUCCGCCAUCCGAGUUACAAGUUCAUGAUUCUUUGCUGAACGCAUCCAUCUCAAUUACUCAGGCUAUUGCUCGUUUAAUUGAAGCUUCCACCGCCGCUCAGGCAGAAAUUGUAGCACAAGGAAAGGGUUCAAGUUCAAGGGCCGCUUUUUACAAGAAGAACAAUCGCUGGACAGAGGGUUUGAUUUCCGCCGCUCAAGCUGUUGCUCGUGCUACAAAUACACUUAUUGAGACUGCCGACGGUAUCAUUAACGGAAACUAUGAUCUUGAGCACUUGAUUGUUGCUUGUAACGGUGUUGCGGCAGCCACCGCUCAGCUGGUUGCUGCUUCCCGUGUAAAGGCCAAUUUCGCAUCCAAGACACAAGAUCACUUGGAACAAGCAGCGAAAGCUGUUGGCGACGCCUGCAAGGCCCUCGUUCGCCAAGUGCAGUCUGUCGUUGAGGCUAGAGCAAAACAACAAGCUGAGCAAGAGGAUUACAGUCGUUUAGGUGUUCACGAAUUCCGAGUUAAGGAAAUGGAACAACAAGUUUCAAUCUUAAAACUGGAACAUGAUUUGAAUGCCGCCAGAAGAAAGCUCAUGGACAUGCGUAAAAUGUCUUACCAUUACUCCGAAGAGUAGGUGGCUCGUUCAGCUUUGCAUACGUGUAUGCGUGUAUAUCUUGCGAACGGCCUGCUUGAAGAAGUAUGUUUUUCACUCUCUCGUUUUCAACAGGUAUUUUACAAUCUGUGCCAUCUUUUGUUUUUUGUAGUGCACAUGAAUAUAAUGUUUUAAUCAAUCGCAAGAAACGAAAGGAGACCGAGUAAUU